AUGGAGAUGUGUGCCGUGAAGGUAGCCCUAGCCCUGGACACCUCGUUCGCUGCGCUCGUGGCCGCCGAGAACGAGUGGGCGAAGGCUGCAGGGCGCCGACGAAGCUCGGGCAGCGGAAGCAUCGACGACAGCGAACCCGUGCUCACGGCUGCUGAGGCCGCCGCUGCCGCCGCGAGCGCAACGGCGGCAGUCGCCGCCCAGAGCAAGAGCGACGGCGCCGAUGCGACAGCAGGAGGGGGGAGGCGAGGCAGCCUGGGAGGCCGUCGAGGUUCUGCGACGCUGUCGGGGCUAGGGGAUGGUGGGCUCCAAGAGGUGGGGGCACGGGUGCCGCAGAUCUCCAACCGGAGGGGGAGCGGGACAUCGAAGGCGGACGUGGAGAAACUCAAGCGUCGAACGGAGUACGGUAAAGAGCUUGUUUCGUGA